AUGCCGAAUCUAAAGCAAAAAAUUGAUGGCCACAACAAAUCCACCCUACGGAAAACAAACGCCGUACCACCUAAAGCUUGCAACUGCCGUCAACCAGCUCACUGCCCUCUGGACCGUAAUUGCUUAAAAUCAGCCGUGAUCUACCAAGCCACAGUAGCAACGGAGGACAACAGGCCAGCCGAGACCUAUGUAGGCCUUACUGAGAACUCUUUUAACACCAGAUACUCGAACCGUAAGUCGUCUUUCAGAGACCCAAACAAGAGACUCAGUACGGAACUCAGUAAGCACAUCUGGCACUUGAAAGACGCUAAGAUUGGAUUUAGCUUAACUUGGAAGAUCUUAAAGCAAGCCGCGCCGUUUAAUCCCGCUUCAAAUCGCUGUAAUUUUUGCCUGUGGGAAAAAUAUUUCAUUAUUUGCAGAGCCGAUCUGGCGAGCUUGAACAAACGAAAUGAACUUGUAACUUCCUGCUGGCACCCGCGUAAAUUCCUUCUUAGCAGCUUUACAUCUUCCGUUGGCACGCAAUAG